CGCCGCCCCCAGGACCCAUGUGCGCCCGGAAGGAAUGAAGCAUGGAUGUGAAGGAGCGGAGGCCCUACUGCUCCCUGACCAAGGGCAGGCGCGAGAAGGAGCGGCGGCACACCAACUCCUCGGCCGACAACGAGGAGUGUAGGGUGCCCACGCAGAAGUCCUACAGCUCCAGCGAGACGCUCAAGGCCUUCGACCACGACUCCUCCCGGCUGCUCUACGGGAACAGAGUGAAGGACCUGGUUCACCGGGAAGCGGAUGAGUACAGCAGACAAGGACAGAAUUUUACCCUAAGGCAGUUAGGCGUGUGUGAACCAGCAACUCGAAGAGGACUGGCCUUUUGUGCGGAAAUGGGGCUGCCCCACAGAGGUUACUCUCUCAGUGCAGGGUCCGACGCCGACACCGAGAACGAAGCCGUGAUGUCCCCGGAGCACGCCAUGCGGCUGUGGGGCCGGGGCGUCAAGUCCGGCCGCAGCUCCUGCCUGUCCAGCCGGUCCAACUCGGCCCUCACCCUCACCGACACGGAGCACGAGAACAAGUCGGACAGCGAGAGCGAGCAACCUGCCAACGGCCAAGGCCAGUCCACCCUGCAGCCGCUGCCCCCGCCCCACAAGCAGCACGCGGCCCAGCACCACCCGUCCAUCACCUCCCUCAACAGAAACUCCCUGACGAACAGGAGGAACCAGAGUCCGGCCCCGCCGGCUGCGCUGCCCGCCGAGCUGCAAACCACACCCGAGUCCGUCCAGCUGCAGGACAGCUGGGUCCUUGGCAGUAAUGUCCCACUGGAAAGCAGGCAUUUCCUAUUCAAAACAGGGACGGGGACCACGCCACUGUUCAGCACUGCGACCCCGGGAUACACCAUGGCUUCGGGCUCCGUGUACUCGCCGCCUACCCGGCCGCUGCCCAGAAACACGCUGUCGAGAAGCGCUUUCAAGUUCAAGAAGUCCUCCAAGUACUGCAGCUGGAAGUGCACGGCCCUGUGCGCCGUAGGCGUGUCCGUGCUCCUGGCCGUGCUCCUGUCCUACUUCAUAGCAAUGCAUCUCUUCGGCCUCAACUGGCAGCUCCAGCAGACGGAAAACGACACGUUUGAAAACGGAAAGGUGAACUCGGACACCGUGCCCACGCACACCGUGGCGCUGCCUUCUGGCGACAGCGGAAAAUUGGGCGGAUUCACGCAAGAAAAUAACACCAUAGAUUCCGGAGAACUUGAUAUCGGCCGAAGAGCGAUUCAAGAGGUGCCUCCCGGUGUCUUCUGGAGAUCACAGCUCUUUAUCGAUCAGCCACAGUUUCUGAAAUUCAAUAUCUCUCUUCAGAAGGAUGCAUUGAUUGGAGUGUACGGCCGAAAAGGCUUGCCACCUUCCCAUACUCAGUACGACUUUGUCGAGCUCCUGGAUGGCAGCAGGUUGAUCGCGAGAGAGCGGAACCUUCUGGAAUCAGAGCGAGCCGGGCGGCGGGCGCGGUCCGUGAGUCUCCACGAGGCCGGCUUCAUCCAGUACCUGGAUUCUGGCAUCUGGCACCUGGCUUUCUACAACGACGGGAAGAACGCGGAGCAGGUGUCCUUUAACACCAUCGUCAUAGAGUCCGUGGUGGAAUGCCCCCGAAAUUGCCAUGGAAACGGAGAGUGUGUGUCUGGCACUUGCCAUUGUUUCCCGGGAUUUCUGGGUCCGGAUUGUUCGAGAGCAGCCUGCCCCGUGCUGUGCAGCGGCAACGGGCAGUACUCCAAGGGCCGCUGCCUGUGCUUCAGCGGCUGGAAGGGCACCGAGUGCGACGUGCCCACCACGCAGUGCAUCGACCCGCAGUGCGGGGGCCGCGGCAUCUGCAUCAUGGGCUCCUGUGCCUGCAACUCGGGGUACAAAGGCGAGAACUGCGAGGAAGCUGACUGUCUCGACCCUGGCUGUUCGAACCACGGUGUGUGCAUCCAUGGCGAGUGCCACUGCAACCCGGGCUGGGGCGGAAGCAACUGUGAGAUCCUGAAGACCAUGUGUCCAGACCAGUGCUCCGGGCACGGGACGUACCUUCAGGAAAGCGGCUCCUGCACCUGUGACCCUAACUGGACCGGCCCAGACUGCUCAAAUGAAAUCUGCUCCGUGGACUGCGGCUCGCACGGGGUCUGCAUGGGGGGCACGUGUCGCUGCGAAGAAGGCUGGACGGGCCCCACGUGCAAUCAGAGAGCCUGCCACCCUCGCUGCGCGGAGCACGGGACCUGCAAGGACGGCAAGUGCGAGUGCAGCCAGGGCUGGAACGGGGAGCACUGCACCAUCGACGGCCUCACCGACUGCAUGGACCCCGACUGCUGCUUACAGAGCUCCUGCCAAAACCAGCCGUACUGCCGCGGGCGGCCCGACCCGCAGGACGUCAUCGGCCAGAGCCCGCAGUCCCCGUCCCAGCAGGCGGCCAAGUCCUUCUACGAGCGCAUCGGCUUCCUCACCGGGGCCGAGAGCACCCACGUGAUCCCCGGAGAGAGUCCUUUCAACAAGAGCCUCGCGUCCGUCAUCAGAGGCCAAGUGCUAACUGCGGACGGGACGCCACUCAUUGGGGUCAACGUCUCGUUUUUCCAUUACCCAGAGUACGGCUACACCAUCACCCGGCAGGAUGGCAUGUUUGACUUGGUGGCAAAUGGUGGCGCCUCUCUCACUCUGGUGUUUGAGCGAUCCCCGUUCCUCACUCAGUACCACACCGUGUGGAUCCCCUGGAACGUCUUCUAUGUGAUGGACACCCUGGUCAUGAAGAAAGAGGAGAAUGACAUCCCCAGCUGUGAUCUGAGUGGGUUUGUGAGGCCAAAUCCUAUCAUCGUGUCAUCGCCUUUAUCCACCUUCUUCAGGUCUUCUCCUGAGGACAGUCCCAUCAUCCCUGAAACGCAGGUGCUCCAUGAAGAAACCACAAUCCCGGGGACAGACCUGAGGCUGUCCUACCUGAGCUCCAGAGCUGCCGGGUACAAGUCUGUCCUCAAGGUCACCAUGACCCAGGCCGUGAUACCCUUCAACCUGAUGAAGGUCCACCUCAUGGUGGCUGUCGUAGGAAGACUCUUUCAGAAGUGGUUUCCCGCCUCACCCAACUUGGCCUACACCUUCAUAUGGGAUAAAACAGACGCGUAUAAUCAGAAGGUCUACGGUCUGUCUGAAGCUGUCGUGUCGGUGGGAUAUGAGUACGAGUCGUGCUUGGACCUGACCCUGUGGGAGAAGAGAACUGCCAUUUUGCAAGGCUACGAACUGGAUGCCUCCAACAUGGGCGGCUGGACGCUAGAUAAGCAUCACGUGUUGGAUGUUCAGAACGGCAUCCUGUACAAGGGCAACGGGGAGAACCAGUUCAUCUCCCAGCAGCCCCCGGUGGUCAGCAGCAUCAUGGGCAACGGGCGCCGGCGCAGCAUCUCCUGCCCCAGCUGCAACGGGCAGGCGGACGGGAACAAGCUGCUGGCCCCGGUGGCCUUGGCCUGUGGGAUCGACGGCAGCCUGUACGUGGGGGAUUUCAACUACGUCCGCCGGAUAUUCCCUUCCGGAAACGUGACCAGCGUUCUAGAGCUGAGCAGCAACCCAGCUCAUAGAUACUACCUGGCCACCGACCCUGUCACCGGAGACUUGUACGUUUCGGACACUAACACCCGCAGGAUUUAUCGCCCCAAGUCUCUGACGGGGGCGAAGGACUUGACGAAAAAUGCUGACGUGGUCGCGGGGACUGGGGAGCAAUGCCUGCCCUUCGAUGAAGCCAGAUGUGGGGACGGGGGCAAGGCUGUGGAGGCGACACUCAUGAGUCCCAAAGGCAUGGCAAUUGAUAAGAAUGGAUUGAUCUACUUCGUUGAUGGGACCAUGAUCAGAAAAGUUGAUCAGAACGGAAUCAUCUCGACCCUCCUGGGUUCCAAUGACCUGACGUCAGCCAGACCUUUGACCUGCGACACAAGCAUGCACAUCAGCCAGGUGCGUCUGGAGUGGCCCACUGACCUCGCCAUUAACCCCAUGGACAACUCCAUCUACGUGCUGGACAACAACGUGGUCCUGCAGAUCACCGAGAACCGCCAGGUGCGCAUCGCCGCCGGGCGGCCCAUGCACUGCCAGGUCCCGGGGGUGGAGUACUCCGUGGGCAAGCACGCGGUCCAGACGACGCUGGAAUCCGCCACGGCCAUCGCUGUGUCCUACAGUGGGGUCCUAUACAUCACGGAAACCGACGAAAAGAAAAUCAACCGCAUACGGCAGGUCACGACCGACGGGGAGAUCUCCUUGGUGGCCGGGAUACCGUCGGAGUGUGACUGCAAAAACGAUGCCAACUGCGACUGCUAUCAGACUGGCGACGGCUAUGCCAAAGAUGCCAAACUCAGCGCCCCGUCGUCCCUCGCCGCUUCUCCGGAUGGCACCCUGUACAUCGCGGAUCUGGGGAACAUUCGCAUCCGGGCGGUGUCCAAGAACAAGCCUUUCCUCAACUCCAUGAACUUCUAUGAAGUGGCCUCUCCGACCGAUCAGGAACUCUACAUCUUCGACAUCAACGGCACUCACCAGUACACCGUGAGCCUGGUCACGGGGGACUACCUGUACAACUUCAGCUACAGCAACGACAACGACAUCACCGCCGUGACCGACAGCAACGGCAACACCCUCCGCAUUAGGCGGGACCCCAACCGGAUGCCGGUCCGAGUGGUGUCUCCGGACAACCAGGUGAUAUGGCUGACCAUAGGCACCAACGGGUGUCUGAAGAGCAUGACCGCGCAAGGGCUGGAGUUGGUUUUGUUCACUUACCACGGCAACAGCGGCCUGUUGGCCACCAAAAGCGAUGAAACCGGAUGGACAACGUUCUUUGACUACGACAGCGAAGGUCGCCUGACCAACGUCACCUUCCCGACGGGAGUGGUCACCAACCUCCAUGGCGACAUGGACAGGGCCAUCACCGUGGACCUGGAGUCGUCCAGCCGAGACGAGGAUGUCAGCAUCACUUCCAAUCUGUCCUCCAUCGACUCUUUCUACACCAUGGUUCAAGACCAGCUGAGAAACAGCUACCAGAUCGGCUACGACGGCUCCCUGAGGAUCAUCUACGCCAGCGGGCUCGACUCCCACUACCAGACGGAGCCGCACGUGCUGGCCGGCACGGCCAACCCAACCAUGGCCAAGAGGAACAUGACCCUCCCCGGGGAGAACGGCCAGAACCUGGUGGAGUGGAGGUUCCGGAAGGAGCAAGCCCAAGGAAAAGUCAACGUCUUUGGCCGGAAGCUCAGGGUCAACGGCAGGAACCUCCUUUCCGUCGACUUCGAUCGGACCACGAAGACGGAGAAGAUCUACGACGACCACCGCAAGUUCCUGCUGCGGAUCGCCUACGACACGUCCGGGCACCCGACGCUCUGGCUGCCGAGCAGCAAGCUGAUGGCCGUCAACGUCACCUACGCGUCCACCGGGCAGAUCGCCAGCAUCCAGCGGGGCACCACCAGCGAGAAGGUGGACUACGACGGGCAGGGGCGCAUCGUGUCGCGGGUCUUCGCGGAUGGCAAAACGUGGAGUUACACGUACUUGGAAAAGUCCAUGGUGCUCCUGCUGCACAGCCAGCGCCAGUACAUCUUCGAAUACGACCUGUGGGACCGGCUGUCGGCCAUCACCAUGCCCAGCGUGGCGCGCCACACCAUGCAGACCAUCCGCUCCAUCGGCUACUACCGCAACAUCUACAACCCGCCGGAGAGCAACGCCUCCGUCAUCACCGACUACAACGAGGAGGGGCUGCUGCUGCAGACGGCCUUCCUGGGCACCAGCCGGCGGGUCCUGUUCAAGUACCGCAGGCAGACCCGGCUCUCGGAGAUCCUAUACGACAGCACGCGGGUCAGCUUCACCUACGACGAGGCGGCGGGCGUCCUGAAGACGGUGAACCUGCAGAGCGACGGCUUCAUCUGCACCAUCCGGUACCGGCAGAUCGGCCCCCUCAUCGACAGGCAGAUCUUCCGCUUCAGCGAGGACGGGAUGGUCAACGCGCGCUUCGACUACAGCUACGACAACAGCUUCCGCGUGACCAGCAUGCAGGGGGUCAUCAACGAGACGCCGCUGCCCAUCGACCUCUACCAGUUCGACGACAUUUCCGGCAAAGUCGAGCAGUUUGGGAAGUUCGGCGUCAUCUACUACGACAUCAACCAGAUCAUCUCCACGGCCGUGAUGACGUACACCAAGCACUUCGACGCCCACGGCCGCAUCAAGGAGAUUCAGUACGAGAUCUUCCGGUCCCUCAUGUACUGGAUCACCAUCCAGUACGACAACAUGGGCCGGGUCACCAAGAGAGAGAUCAAAAUCGGGCCCUUCGCCAACACCACCAAGUACGCCUACGAGUACGACGUGGACGGCCAGCUGCAGACCGUGUAUCUCAACGAGAAGAUCAUGUGGCGCUACAACUACGACCUGAACGGGAACCUCCACUUGCUGAACCCCAGCAACAGCGCGCGCCUGACCCCGCUCCGCUACGACCUGCGAGACAGGAUCACCCGCCUGGGGGACGUCCAGUACCGGCUGGAUGAAGACGGCUUCCUGCGGCAGAGAGGCACGGAGAUCUUCGAGUACAGCUCCAAGGGGCUCCUCACGCGGGUUUACAGCAAAGGCAGCGGCUGGACCGUCAUCUAUCGGUACGACGGCCUGGGAAGGCGCGUGUCCAGCAAAACCAGCCUGGGACAGCACCUGCAGUUUUUCUACGCCGACCUCAUCUACCCCACGAGGAUCACGCACGUCUACAACCACUCGAGCUCAGAGAUCACCUCCCUCUAUUACGAUCUCCAGGGACAUCUGUUUGCCAUGGAAAUCAGCAGCGGGGAUGAGUUCUACAUCGCCUCGGACAACACCGGGACGCCGCUGGCUGUUUUCAGUAGCAACGGGCUCAUGCUCAAGCAGAUCCAGUACACCGCCUACGGCGAAAUCUACUUCGACUCCAAUAUUGACUUCCAGCUGGUCAUUGGGUUUCAUGGUGGCCUGUAUGACCCACUCACAAAACUGAUCCACUUCGGAGAAAGGGAUUACGACAUUUUGGCAGGACGGUGGACGACGCCUGACAUAGAAAUCUGGAGGAGAAUCGGGAGGGACCCGGCUCCUUUCAACCUGUACAUGUUCAGGAAUAACAAUCCUGCAAGCAAAAUCCAUGACGUGAAAGACUACAUCACAGAUGUUAACAGCUGGCUGGUGACCUUUGGCUUCCACCUGCACAACGCGAUCCCUGGGUUCCCCGUCCCCAAGUUUGACCUGACGGAGCCGUCCUACGAACUGGUGAAGAGUCAGCAGUGGGACGAUGUCCCGCCCAUUUUUGGAGUCCAGCAACAAGUGGCACGGCAGGCCAAGGCCUUCCUGUCCCUGGGGAAGAUGGCAGAGGUCCAGGUGAGCCGGCGCAAGGGCGGCGGCGCGCCGUCGUGGCUGUGGUUCGCCACCGUCAAGUCGCUGAUCGGCAAGGGCGUCAUGCUGGCCGUCAGCCAGGGCCGCGUGCAGACCAACGUGCUCAACAUCGCCAACGAGGACUGCAUCAAGGUGGCGGCCGUGCUCAACAACGCCUUCUACCUGGAGAACCUGCACUUCACCAUCGAGGGCAAGGACACGCACUACUUCAUCAAGACCAGCACGCCCGAGAGCGACCUGGGCACGCUGCGGCUGACCAGCGGCCGCAAGGCCCUGGAGAACGGCAUCAACGUGACCGUGUCGCAGUCCACCACCGUGGUCAACGGCAGGACGCGCAGGUUCGCCGACGUGGAGAUGCAGUUCGGCGCGCUGGCGCUGCACGUGCGCUACGGCAUGACCUUGGACGAGGAGAAGGCGCGCAUCCUGGAGCAGGCGCGGCAGCGCGCACUCGCCCGGGCCUGGGCGCGCGAGCAGCAGCGGGUGCGCGACGGCGAGGAGGGCGCGCGCCUCUGGACGGAGGGCGAGAAGCGGCAGCUGCUGAGCGCGGGCAAGGUGCAGGGCUACGACGGCUACUACGUGCUGUCGGUGGAGCAGUACCCGGAGCUGGCCGACAGCGCCAACAACAUCCAGUUCCUGCGGCAGAGCGAGAUCGGCAAGAGGUAACCCCUUCCCCGCGGGGACGGGGACAGCCUGCGGGAGGGGGCGCGCGGCCCGCCGAACCCCGCCAAGGCUCAGAUCUGUCUGUAGCACAAUCCGACUGGGACUCUCCGGCGCAGAAGAGCCUUCCUCCAGAAUGAGACCGCUAUUUUGAAAAAAAA